CUGCGCGGGGGGGGGGGGAAUGUGGGCGGGGCCGGCGUCCCCCGCCGCGUGGCGUCGCCCGGCGGAAGCGGCCUGUGCCGCCAUGGCUGCGCGCGUCCCCUGCGCGCUGGUCGCCAGCUGCUCGCCCGCCUGCCCCGGGGACCGGCUGGUCCAGCACAUCCUGGGCACGGAAGACCCGGCCCCCGCGGCCCCCGGAGACCAGGCGGCGGCGCGCUUCUACCCCUGGACCAUCGACAACAAGUACUACUCGGCCGACGUGCGGCUGUGCGUGGUGCCCGGCCCCGGACGCGUGCCCCCCGAGGCCGCAGACUGCGUGCAGGCCCUGGUGCUCUGCUUCGACAGCUCGCGGAAGUCCGGCCUGGACGGCGUCUCUGCGUGGCUCCCGCUGGCGGAGGCCUGGCUGCCCGAGGUGCAGAUCCUGGUGUGCGACCGCGUGUGCGAGGACGGCGUGAGCCGGCAGCAGGCCCAGGAGUGGUGCAUCAGGCACGGCUUCGAGCUGGUGGAGCUCAGCCCCCAGGAGGUGCCUGAGGAGGACGAUGACUUCCCGGAGCCCACGGGGGUCAAGCGGAUCGUGCAGGCCUUGAACGCCAACGUGUGGUCCAGCGUGGUGAUGAAAGCGGAGAGGAGCCGCGGCUUCAGCCUCCUGAGCUCCCUGGCGGGCGCGCAGCCAACCACAGGGACAGCCGAGCCCUGCCCCGCAGAGCGGCCCCGGGUGCGGGGAGCAGAGACGGCGGGGACCCCAGCCCAGCGGGGAGGAGCCCGUGACCCCGAGGCCGAGGUGGCGGAUGGGCUGCCCGGCCGCGUGCUGGACCCGGAUAUCCAGGAGCUAGCCGGCCUCGCCGCGGGCGGGGGAGACCUGGACAACUUCCAGAGGCUCUUCUCCAAGCUGAGGGAGAUGAAAGGUGGCCAAGGCUUUCUGGAUGGCCAUCGGGGGGGACAGAGACGAAAUCGAGGGCCUCUCCUCCGACGAAGAGCACUGACCGCUCCCGGCAUCCCACUCGGCCUCAGAGACACUCGUCCACCCCCUCCCUGGAACCCCGAUGGCCGAGCAGCUCACGGGCCUCGCCAGCUUGGGGCUCUGUCCUCCCCGCGGCUGGGGGUGUGCGGGGAGCUGGUGGCAGAAGGCAGAGUCUGCAAAUACACUUCUCGUGCUCUAGAAAGGCGUUGCGUGCGGCUCAGGCUCUGUGAGGACCGGCUGGCCGUCCAGGCCGGGGCUGUGUCCUGGGGUCCCCUCUGCUGUGGACGCCCCCACCCCCAGGGAGCACCUCCUCCAUCCUGGACCCUGAGGGCCAUAAGGGAGGCGGGAUCAGGGUCCGGUGCCUGCUCGGCGGACAUCCCGUCCCAGGGGUGACAGCUGUGGCUCACG